AUGUGCUUUGAAGACACCUGCCAGCAUCAGUGCGUCAUGGGAGAGACGGGGUUCACCUGCCUCUGUCCGCGGGGGAUGGAACUGGACUCGGACCUGCGCACCUGCUCGGACGUUGACGAGUGCGCGUUCGACGGAGCGUUCAUCCCCCUCGUGGUUUUGAUCGCAAUCACGGCAGGUAUUUUAAUAGUUAAAUGUAGUCAAGUCAAAAAGGAGGUCAAGAAAAAUCCCACAACAGAUGGAUACUGCUGGGUCUCGUCAGGCGUGGAUCCUCGUUUGGAGAAACUUUAUGAGUCUAUUCCAACAGAUGAUGUAUGA